GCCUCAGCCAAGGUGGCUGCCUGUGACGGGAGGCAUGGCUCAGGGUUUGGAGCCUGAAUUUUACCUAAGGUGGAAGCACUGUGAAACGCCGGGUGUUAAAACUUCAUGCAAUCUCACUAAACUUCUAAAUAAACUUCAAAAGGAUCACCGAGAUGACGUCUGCCUUUAUACCUCUGGACACCUCAAUCCCAAUAAGCUCUACAGGCCCCCUGAAACCAUCUUGUAUCACUGGCCUAAUGCCAGUAGACCAAAGACUGAAAAAAUCCCCAGAGAGAAAAAACGAUCCGAUAAGAAGAUUGCAAAGAUGAAAGAUGCUUUGGCUAAUUUUACCAUCCACACUGCUCUGCUUCCAAAUGACAGCAGGAACACACCGCUAUUCAGGUAUCUGAAUCCUAAGGCACCUGUUGCCCACACUUAUAUUUCAAAAGAGGAUUCCAUUCCAGAGGAAAUUUUGAAACAACAGAAAGAGAAAGUGAGUGCGUAUCCUCCCGAAGGGCAAAGGAGAGAAGAGUUAAGAUUGCCGGAGAUGAAAGUUCUCAAGUACAAAUUGGUGGAAUCCAGUCGGCAGUGUGUCAUGUCUCCCCCGGGCAAAGAUGAGUACCGGUACAUUAGCUCAUAUUUAGCUGGAGUAACUAAAACUGACAGGUAUAAGAAGUUCUUGCACUUCCAAAAAGAUGUGCUUGCAAAGCAAGAUCUUCUGAACAAUGACUUCACCGGGAGCAAGGCAGCGCUGUGUCAUGAAAAGAAGUUGAAACGGGAGCUCCAGAAAAUAUGUACGUGCAACCCUCAACAGUUCAACAGACUUCAGGUCUUUGGAAAAGUCUUUGAAGAUAUUUGCAAUAGCUCUUUUAUAUUUGGUGAUAUCUUGAAAGAAAUUAAGAAUGAAUAUGAGCUCUACAUGGCAAUCCUUCUGCACUCCCAGCCUACAGUGCAGUAUAAGACUUUGCUGGCUCACCUCAAGGGGUUGGAGACAAGCCCCAGGAAGACAGCCGAUGUGGCUCAGGCCAAGGAGGACUUGAGGAUGGUGGUGAAGGCCGUCAAAGCAGCCCUGGAGCAGAAUGACAAACUCAGAAAUGAAUUAGAGAUGGAGCGCUCGUUGCUGCAAAUUGCUAAGGAAAAAUCAGAAUCAUCUGAGAAAAAAAUACUUGAUGAGGAUCAUCUUACUCUUAUUGAGAAGGUUGAAAAGAAGAGGUGUGAGAUACUCAAUAAAUGGGAUGAAAUUCAAGAUCUUGAAAAAGAAAUUAAAACAACUUUGAUUCACACUGGAAUUUCAGACAUCACUGAGAAUAGCAUUAAGAGCAUAGAGUUUGAGGCUUCAAAAUUGGAGACAGCAAACAAGAUUUUACAGAAGAAAAUAAAUGUUACUGAAAACCAUGUGAAGCAGAAUAUAGAGAAAAGCAAGAUGAAUAGAGAGGAGCAGCAGAAGCUUUGGGAAUUUAUUAACGGAUUUGUUAAAUUGGAAGCCAAAGAAAAUAACUCUCAAGUGACUGGAAAAAUGACCGACGAAAAUUCAGAACUGCCGUGUACAUAGUGUGGAUGUUUGCAGACAUGUAAAUCAAUGAAGAUACAUUUUGUUUGCAACUUUUAAUCUUUAAUAAACUAAAGCAUAACAAUCUUAA